ACCAUAUGUCCUCUUCUAGUCUUCUUCCUCCGAUAGAAGUGUUCUUUCGAGCAAGCCGCCCUGAUCCGUCUAACCGCAGAGACCAUGGAGAGCGGCAAGAAGCAGCGUCAGCACCACCACUUCGUGCUGGUGCACGGGUUCGGCCACGGCGCGUGGUGCUGGUACAAGGUGGCCACCGCCCUGUCAUCCGCCGGCCACCGCGUCACGGCGCUGGACAUGACCGCGUGCGGCGCCAGCCCCGCGCGCGCCGAGGAGGUGGCGUCCUUCGAGGAGUACAGCCGGCCGCUGCUGGACACGGUGGCCGCGCUGCCGCCGGGGGAGCAAGCGGUCCUCGUCGGACACAGCUUCGGCGGGCUGAGCCUCGCGCUGGCCAUGGAGAGGUACCCGGACAGCGUCGCCGUCGCGGUCUUCGCCUCGGCCGCCAUGCCCGCCGUUGGGAAGCCCAUGACCUUCGUCCUCGAAGAGUUUUCGCAAGAAACGGGGCCAGAUUUCUACAUGGAUUGCACAUUCGGCGCCAGCACCAAUCCUCAGUAUCCGGUGGAGACACUUCUGCUAGGGCCGGAGUACUUGGCCACGAGAUUGUAUCAGCUCAGCCCUCCUGAGGAUCUGACCUUGGCAAUGGCGAUGGUGAGGCCAUCGCAGCGGUUCCAAGACGAUGUGGUGCUGAAGGGGAACGUCCUGACGGCGGAGGGGUACGGCGCUGUGAAGCGGGUGUGCGUCGUCGCCGAGGACGACGCGUCGUGGUCGGCUGACUUCCAGCGGCGGAUGGCGUGGUGGAACCCCGGCGCGGAGAUGAGGGGGUUGCAGGGAGCUGAUCACAUGCUGAUGUUGUCAAAGCCAAGGGAGCUCUCAGAACUGCUAGUGGAGGUAGCAGACAGGUACUGCCGAGAAGCACAUACUCAUACCUGAUCGUACACCCAUCAGCAAAAAUUAUGGCCUUAUGAGUGCUCUAGUAUGAAUGCUGGAAUGUUCUCCAGAAAAAAAUGUCAGAGAAAGUUUGCAUCUAUGUCAUGUAAUAAAAUUAGAUUAUCAA